AUUGCGUCACUUUUCAAUUUUCCUUGAAAUUCUUCUACCUGGUUCGUUAAUCUAAGGCCAAGUGUUCUUGCUUCGCUCUGUAAUAGUCUCUGUCAUCGCGAUCUUUCGAAAACCCUACUCCCUCUCUCCCUCUAUAUCAAGAAGCUGCUCGGAAGGAUCGAGCAGUUUCGAAUUGGAUUCAGCAUGAAUUUCAGUGAGCUCAAUUCGGUGCUGUGAUUCGCACAACCAUGUGGUUUUCCUUCUGGAGAUCCAGAGAUCGUUUUACCUUGGAUCAUCUCAGUGUUGUCCUGCUGCCUUAUGGUGCUCAGGUACUUAACUGAUCAACUGACAAAAGUUCAAAUAGUUAGCGAGGUUAAUAAGGAUUUUGUUAUCGAGGCACUGAGAUCUAUUGCAGAGUUGAUAACAUAUGGCGACCAACAUGACCCAAGUUUUUUUGAAUUCUUCAUGGAAAAGCAAGUUGUGGGAGAGUUUGUACGUAUACUUAAACUCAGCAAAAGCAUUAGUAUUCCACUUCAGUUACUACAAACAGUGAGUAUUAUGAUCCAGAACCUAAGAAGUGAACAUGCUAUAUAUUAUAUGUUUAGUAAUGAACAUAUGAAUUACCUAAUUACAUAUUCAUUUGAUUUUCGGAACGAAGAGCUACUGUCAUACUACAUAUCCUUUUUAAGAGCAAUAAGUGGAAAAUUGAACAAUAGUACAAUUUCUCUGCUUGUGAAGACUCACGAUGAGGAAGUAGUUUCAUUUCCACUGUAUGUUGAGGCAAUUCGCUUUGCCUUUCAUGAGGAGAACAUGGUUCGCACUGCUGUACGUACUGUGACCCUUAAUGUUUAUCAUGUUGGGGAUGAAUGUGUUAAUAGAUAUAUAACGAGUGCACCUCACACAGAAUACUUCUCAAACCUGGUUUCGUUUUUUAGGAAUCAGUGUAUGGAUUUAAAUAAACUGGUGUCUGAGACACUCAAAAAUCAAGGCUCAGGUUCAACCUCUGCAAUAAUUGCUGCUGUAGAUGAAAUUGAGGAUAACCUGUAUUACUUUAGUGAUGUUAUCUCUGCCGGGAUUCCUGAUGUUGGGAGGCUAAUAACAGACAGCAUUUUGAUGCUUCUGGUUUUUCCAUUACUUCUUCCUUCCCUGAGAACAGUGGACUCUAAUGACAUGCAAAGUGGUGUUGUCACUUCUCUCUACUUACUUUGUUGCAUCUUAAGGAUAGUCAAGAUCAAAGAUUUGGCAAAUACCAUAGUCGCUGCUCUUUUUUAUCCCUUUGAGACCUUUACAAAAUUUUCUGGGGGUAAAGUCAAUGGCUAUACAUCUGAUAGUAGUUUUACAUCCGUAAGCCAAGAACCAGAUGAUAAUAGUGCAAAGUACAAAGCAGAAUACUUGACAGUGGAAGUGCCAAACUCUACUAGCUCUUCAGACUUAUACCUUGAAAGUGUUGUGUCAGAAAAUAAUCGUAGCAGUUCAAAUUUGACGUUGAGGGAGGUUUUGCUUGCAUAUGUUACCAAAGGGGAUGAUGUACAAGUUUUGGGUUCUCUGAGUGUGCUAGCUACUUUACUGCAAACUAAAGAACUUGAUGAAUCCAUGCUAGACAAGCUUGGAAUUCUUCCGCAACGCAAACAGCACAAGAAGCAGUUAUUGCAAGCUUUGGUUGGCGAGGCUUCAGGUGAAGAGCAACUUUUUUCCUCUGAAAAUAGCUCGACAAGGGAUAGCAUUAGCUGCGAGCUCAAUACCUAUCUUGAAAAGAUUAAGGAGCUCUAUGGGUUAUCUUUUCUCUGCUCUGAUCUUGUCACAAGCCCUCGCGUGCCUAGAUUUCAGGUGCUCGAUGCAUUAGUUAGCCUCUUUUGCCGUUCUAAUAUUUCCGCAGAGACACUGUGGGAUGGUGGUUGGCUUUUACGCCAGUUACUUCCUUACAGUGAAGCAGAAUUCAAUAGUCAACACCUGGAAUUGCUGCAAGUUUCCUACAAGAAUUCUGCUGCUGCUCUUGUAAAGGAGGUUAGAGGCUUCUGGCCUGAUCUUCUUAUUACUGUUCUUUGCAAUGAAUGGAAAAAAUGCAAAAGAGCGAUGGAGUCAUCUUACCCUCCAAAAGAACCAAAAUCUGUACUUUUUCCUUCUCCAAUAUUAUCUUCAGAAGACGAUAUACCUGAGGGCUCAUCAUUUGCUGCUGGAGAAAGACUGCUUGAAUUGUCAAAGGUAUUUGUAGUCCUGCACCAACUUCAAAUAUUCACUCUAGGUAGACCUUUGCCUGAGAAACCUCUUAUUUAUCCUCCUGGUGAUCUCCCAGCGAAUUCUCGUGCUCAGACAUCUGGACUUGAUUUGUCAGGCCCUAAACCAGGAACUGAAAUCAAUCUUGUUAAUGCUGUGCCUUGUAGAAUUUCUUUCGAACGGGGCAAAGAGCGCCAUUUUUCCUUUCUAGCAAUCUCUGUAGGAACGUCCGGGUGGCUUGUACUAGCAGAAGAGUUGCCACUAAAGAAGCCCUUUGGCGUUGUUCGGGUUGCUGCACCUUUGGCUGGGUGCAAUCCCAAGAUUGAUGAUAAACACUCAAGAUGGUUACAUCUGCGGAUUAGACCAUCUUCUUUACCUAUUCUGGAUCCUGCCAAGUUCAAUACCCACGGCAAAUUAAAGACAAAAGCUUUUGUGGAUGGAAGAUGGACGUUGGCUUUCAGGGAUGAGGAGUCUUGCAAGUCUGCUUUUUGCAUGAUUGUUGAGGAGAUUAAUUUUCUGUGUGACGAGGUUCACAGAAGACUAAAACCUUUGCUCAACCUUGAAACCUCAUUGAAUUUAGCUGGUCUUGCAGACGAGGAUUCCUCUUCAAAUACAACACCUCGAAAUUCGGUGUAAGGUCUUUGACUUUAUUUACAAUAACAGGCUGUUUCUUACUCGUGGGGUGGGAAAUCAUUUAAGUCGGUCACCCUUUUUGUAUAUCCUCCUAAAAUACAUACCAAAUUUGUAGAUUGAUUUAGUGCCAUUCUUUUUGUAUACUAGCCAUUCCUGAUUUGUAAGUUUAUAUCCUCUCUUUCAUUCUUUAGGAGCUCUAACCUAGGCCCCAUAUUUUUUUACUGCAUUAUUGCUAAGCUAUGUAACAAAUGUAAAUGUGAGGGAACCCGGUAAAGAAAGUUUUAUUCCUUGUCCA